AUGCAGGUUGAAGAAGAAGAUGUGGAUAUAUCAGUGAUCUCGGGAUAUAAUGUUGGUGAAGGGAUUGUAGAGCUCAUCUAUCGGAACAAUAUCAAGAAGCUCGUUAUGGGAGCAGCUGCUGAUCCUCACUACUCCAGGGGAAUGUCAAUAACAUCUAGAAAAGCAGAGUAUGUGAGUCAACAUGCACCUCAUUCCUGUAAAAUGUGGUUCAUCUGCAAGGGGAAACUCAUCAAGACAAGAGAAGGAAGUUUUGACUUUGGGAAUCCAUCAGACUCAUUCUCAGAGCUUUAUGGUUCUGCUCAAAAACCAAGCAAAGGAAGAAGAAGGGAUGAUGAGCAUGAAUCCGAGUCACCCAAAGCACAACCAGAACGAAUAAUACUAGAAACUAAGGUAUCACCAAAGAAAGUGAGAAAGGAAUCUGACAAGACAAGAAACAACGGGAGCAGCGAAGCAGACUCGAGUCCAUGUCCUCCCCAAGAUUUUAUCUGUCCCAUCAAUUUGGAGAUAAUGCGAGAUCCUCAUGUCGCUGCUGAUGGUUUCACCUACGAGGCAGAGCAAAUCUGA